AUCACUCUCUUCCUUCCUUUUCUGUUUGUUUCUUGAGAAAAAAAAAAAGAAGCAAAAUUUCAGAUGGCUCGUACGAAGCAAACUGCUCGCAAGUCCCACGGGGGAAAGGCACCAAGGAAGCAUCUGGCGGUCAAGGUUGCUCAAUGUGUUCGCAAAUCGGUCCCGACUACUGGGGGAGUGAAGAAGCCCCACCGAUUCAAGCCCGGAACUGUUGCUCUACGCGAAAUUCGCAAGUACCAGAAGAGUACCGAUCUCCUGAUCCGGAAACUGCCAUUCCAGAGGCUCAUUCGUGAGAUUGCUCAGGACUUUAAGGCUGAUCUGAGGUUCCAGAGCCACGCAGUCUUGGCAUUGCAGGAGGCAGCAGAAGCAUACCUUGUUGGGCUGUUUGAAGAUACUAAUCUCUGUGCUAUUCACGCCAAGCGUGUCACCAUCAUGCCUAAAGAUAUUCAGCUCGCAAGGAGGAUUAGGAGUGAGAGGGCUUACAAAGGUACGAGUGCAUCUGAAUUGAUGCCUCUCCAGUCUCCGCCAGAGGUCUCAGCUCUGGUGUUUGACAUUCGGGAUCCCAUUAGCGAGGGGAAUUUCAAACUUUCGUGGGUUAGAAAAUCGGCCAACAUGGUGGAUCAGGCUCAGGCUCACCAAGUUGCAGUUAUGCAAGAUUUUCAGAUGGCUCGUACGAAGCAAACUGCUCGCAAGUCCCACGGAGGAAAGGCGCCGCGGAAGCAUCUGGCGGUCAUGGUUGGUCUAGGUGUUCGCAAAUCAGUCCCGGCUACUGGGGGAGUGAAGAAGCCCCAUCGAUUCAAGCCUGGAACGGUUGCUCUUCGCGAAAUUCGCAAGUACCAGAAAAGUACCGAUCUCCUGAUCAGGAAACUGCCGUUCCAGAGGCUCAUUCGUGAGAUAGCUCAGGACUUUAAGGCUGAUCUGAGGUUCCAGAGCCAUGCAGUGUUGGCAUUGCAGGAGGCAGCAGAGGCAUACCUUGUUGGACUGUUCGAAGAUACCAAUCUCUGUGCAAUUCACGCCAAGCGUGUCACCAUCAUGCCCAAAGACAUUCAGCUUGCAAGGAGGAUUAGGAGUGAGAGGGCUUAGUUUUUGCUCAUGAGCGUCUAGGCCGACUAGUCAGCGCCUCGAGAUUAGUCGGUUUUUCAUAUUUUUUUUUUCCAAGUAUUUUCCCGUUCCCCAAAGUUAGUAGUAGUAGUAGAUGAUUGUUCGUAAUAAGCCAAACUUUGGUGCUAUGAAGUAUUGAUUGACGCAAAAGUACUUUUCUACUCUGGUGUAGUGUUGUGUUAAUUUCCAUCUGGUUUUUUCUGUCUGAUUUAUAAAGUACUCCUUCCGUCCCAAUUU